AUGGUCAUAAAGAACCAUACGAUUCAGUCGUCUGUUUAUAACCAACACUCGUGCAAUAUAUUCGGGUUACAUAACAUACCAACUGAUGCCGUUGUUGUGUGUUUAUCGUCGGGGCGUGGUAGACAGGGAAGCGUGCUUAGAUUUUCAUCUGUUUCAUCGUCGAAUUGGGACGUUAUCACAGUGAAAAGCACCUUUGAAAAUAUGGUUAAGCUGACAGACAAUGAUUUUCUGUUAACCUCUUCAUCGUUGGAGCCUACCACUGGGGCCGUAUAUCAUUUAGAUCCCUCUGGUAUUCCAGUUGUAAAAUACUUUGUCAAUAACGCUAUGAUUGGAUGUUUGGGAACGCUAAAUGGUCGAUCGUAUUUAUUUACACUUCAUCACAAUUCAAGUCAGGAUUUUAAGAAUCUGGCUCUGAACAUCUAUGAUUUAGAAUCUGGUGAAUUAUCCAAAGAACUACCACCUCGUCAUUUCACUCUCGCUGGCCAUCAUGGUACAAUUGAAUCAAUAUCUGUUAUCAUGUUUACUGAUGCUACUGGUGCUCCGAGUUUUCGAUUAUUACUACAUACAGAAGAUGAUGCUGUACAACUAAUCCGACAAAAUGGUAAACAACAAUGGAUUCGUGAAGAGGCGUUAGCAAACAUAGUUGCUGUUGAAGUAAUCGAUUUGCCUGUUUCAGAGUUUCAAGCGAAAAUUGAAGAAGAGUUUAAUCAUGCAAGCAGUAAGUUAACUUGUUUCUACCAACAACAUUCUGGAAAUGUUUAUUCAACGCUUAAAAACACAAAUGUUCAAUUAGUUGUAUGGACGAAGCAUUGGAUUUCUAACAUGCCAAAUUUAUUCAUGACUAUACUGUCGUCAUCGAAAUUAACCACUUCACUUUUCAAGUAUUCACCCAAUGGUGAUCUAUCAAAACGUAGAAUACUACCAUCAUCAUCUCCUUCUUCACAUGACUAUUCAUCAAAUGAUCCAUCAUCUUUGUCAAGUUUUUCACAUAGUUUUCCACCUAGAUGGCAAUUUUCAUCACAUAUUCCUUCUUUACACAUCAAUAAUUCUACUAACAAUGAUAAUACUAUUGACAAUGUAGAUGGCGAUAAGCUAAAUUUUUAUAAAUCAUCUGAAAUAGAUCCCAAAAUAACGUCAUGGGAUGAAAAACUUACACGUGAUAAUUUCAAUGUUCAUAAAAUGUUGGUUGUAGCUACUUCAGUUGGAAAACUGUUUGGUUUAGAAAGUGAACGUGGUCGUAUUGUUUGGGAUUAUUUUGUCCCAUCUGCAAAACUUUUAGCUAAUGGAAAGCUUGCCCUCUUCCAACAGCGUAAUUUGGCUCAUUUUCCUUUACCACCUAUCAUGUCACUUUUAUUUCGAUCAAAGAUUACAAAUCGACGGGUACUUUUCCCAUUCAAUCCAAUUACUGGUGUUCCAUCACAUGAAAAAGGUAUGGAUUUGUAUGCAUUGAAAUCGGAUAUUAUUCAAACAGUCUUGGAACCUGGUUCUUUAAGCGAACGAUGUGAAUUUAUUAGACCUUUGUUGUUGUUGAGGGCCGAUUUAGACGUUGAAGUUUAUCCAUCUACUUGUGCUGCUACAUAUUCAUCAUCGGAUUCACAGCCUUUAUAUAUUUUUACUAUUGAAAGUGAACAAGCUCGUCUUACCGGUUAUCGGAUAGAUCCGGUAUCUUCAGAUGGUAAAUCUUUAAAAGCUACACGUGUCUGGCGAAUGUUAUUGAGUCCUGAUUCUAGUCCGGUUAACAAGCACAUCAUUGUCUCUGCAGCUUCACGUCCACCUUCUGAACAUAUUUAUUCAGUUGGUCGAGUAUUGGGUGAUAGAAGCGUUCUUUAUAAAUAUUUAAAUCCUAAUCUCAUUGCAGUACUUACUAUUGGUGGUGAUAUCAGCAGUCAUACAAAUACUCUGGUAAUUUAUUUAAUUGAUGUUGUAGCUGGUCGAAUAUUGUAUAGUGCUGUACAUCGUCGAUGUUCUGAACCUAUUAGUCUAGUGCAUUCAGAGAAUUGGAUUAUUUAUACUUAUUAUAAUCAUAAAUCAUUACGCAAUGAAGCUACUGUUAUUGAAUUAUAUGAACCGACUAAAUUAUCCGGGGAAUUAUGUGCUAGUCAGUCAAUUCCAAGCCCUUGGCAAUUAUUUCUCAGCAAUCUUAUUCCUUCAUGGCUGUUAUCUAAUCCAAGUUCAUCAAAAGGAUCUGGUGAUUUAUCGGGUUUUUCACGUUUCUCAUCUUUGUUUCGUGCUAGUGAUGUUGAUGGUUUUUGUGGUUCAACUGGUGAAAAUUCUUUAAUACCUCAAGUUCUACAACAAUCUUACAUACUGAACACUCCACCACGUAGUGGAGCAGUGACUGUUUCAGUUACUGAGAGAGGAAUUACCGCUAAGAAUAUAAUUCUGGCUUUACAGAGAAAUAGUCUAAUUGAACUCCCGAAAUCAUUUUUCGAUCCCCGUCGUAGUUUGGAUAUGACAUCUGAACUAAUGGAAGAAGGUGUUCACCCUUAUGCUCCUGUGCUACCAUUUUCCGACCAAGCUAUGAUUACAUAUAAUCAGUCAAUUAUGCGAAUUCGAGCUAUUCGUACAGCACCUACCGGUUUAGAGUCCACGGGAUUAGUAUUUGCAUACGGAUUAGAUUUGUUUUUCACUCGAAUAUCACCUUCACAAACAUAUGAUUUACUUAAAGAAGAUUUCGAUUAUACUGCAAUAGCUACUGUCACAUUAGGAAUGAUAAUUGCUUCCAUCGUAUCAUGUCGUUUAGCCACAAGACGGGCAAUUCUUAGAGCUUGGGCUUAA